AUGAUGUGGAUGCUACAGUUUCUGCUUUACACUCUGCUAUAUAAUCUUAGCUCUGUCUGCUCCAGUGUGUGUCCUCAUAAAUGUAUGUGUGAGCCAGCAGCGGCAUCUGUGCAGUGUUUCAGGAUGCAGUCUAUUCCCUCGGGGCUUCCAGGAGAUGUCAGGAAACUGAACUUAGGACAUAACCACAUCAAGGAGAUAAAGGCUAGGGAAUUAUCUGGCUUAGCAGGUCUUGAGGAAGUCAUCCUGUCAUCAUGUGGACUGGUGCAGCUGGACGGCAACCCGUUUCGGUCUCAAAAGCAUUUAAAAUCUUUGGAUCUCCAGAUGAACACGCUUCGCCACAUCCCUCGUGGUCUUCCCUCCAGCCUCGAGAUCCUCAACGUGGGUCACAACCAGAUCCACACUCUGCAGGAGUCUGCUCUGCACAGCCUGAGGAGACUUCGCGUGCUAAAUCUGCAGCAUAACCUGAUUACCACGGUGCGUGCCAACACACUCUCAGCACUGAUAAAGCUGGAGUCUCUCUAUCUGGAUGGUAAUAAAAUUGAAAGUUUACAGGGAGUUCUCAGGCUGCCAGCGCUGAAUUGGUUUAGUAUGGCAAAUAAUCAGAUCGCAUCACUUCCAUCUGCUUUCUUCUCAUCUUUGCAACUUCUAAAGACUUUAGAUUUGUCCUCAAACCUUCUGAGCAAAGUUCCUCACAACCUGCCACAAGCCCUGAUUCACCUGAAGCUAGACAGAAACCAGAUCAGAUCGUUAAAAAGUCGUGAUCUGGCUCAGCUGCAUGACCUCACCACCCUUUCUGCUUGCUACAACAGACUGGUGUCUGUAGACGGCGGGCUUCGUCUGCCUGGUCUCACCGUGUUGGAGUUGGCAGGUAACCAGCUGAGAGUGCUGCCCAGCAGGCUGUCCGCCAAACUUGAGAAGGUGGACUGUGGGCAAAAUCAGAUCCAACAAGUGACCCAUCAGCAGUUGUCUGGCCUCAGGCAGCUGAAACAUCUCUUUCUGGAGAACAACACCAUCCAACAGUUAGAACCCAAUGCUCUGAGGGACUGCGUUCACCUCACCAACCUGGCUCUGGAGCAGAACCUCUUCUCCACCAUCCCACAUGGGCUCCCCGAAUCACUAGUGCGCCUGGAUCUGAAAGGUAACCUCAUCACCACGAUCCAGGAGCGUGCCCUGAUGCCCCUCAAGCGCCUUCAAGUGCUGAAUCUGCGCAACAACAGACUCUCCUCGCUGCCUGCCAUGAGACUCCUGCCCAGACUCAGGAUUCUAUACCUAGAUGGAAACCGGUGGAACUGCACAUGUGAUCUCCUGAAAGUCAAAAGAGAGCUGCUGGCUCGGGAUGUGGAUUUGAGCACAGAGUUCUGCGCUGAACCUCUCUAUUCAUCACUGGACAUGUGGCAAGCAUACAUCAUGGCUGAAGAGAUGUGUGGGGAGCAGAACAAAGAGGUCUUACCACAGAGCCACACAGUAAAGUCAGACAGUGAGGAAUAUGAUGACUAUGACUUUUAA